UCGUUGGGAAAUUUUGUGACUGUGUAAAAUAUUGUCAAGCGUCACCUUGCCCAUGAAGAGAAGAAAAAGGGAAAUACCUUGGAAGCAGAAUAGGGGCCAUAUUUCUCCCUCCUUCCCUCUCGGUUCCCACCACCGGCGCUUCCAGCAAAGAGCAGUUACUUACAAUUCUACAGUCAACCUCUGGACAUCCACCUGUAAAGACAGGUACUCGACCUCAAGAAACCCAGUGCAUAUAGUGACAUGUAUAGUGUUUAAAGGUUCAAUUUAGUUUUAAUAAACAGUAGUUAGAUAUUAUUUAUUAUUUUAAACAAUAUUCCAAAAAUGGUGCUUAAGAUAGCCGCCUUGAUGAUGCUCAGGUACCUUGGGCUAAUUUUCAUCCUGACUACAGUCUGCCUGGCAUCAACUGCGACCCGAAAAUGCGAGGGUGGUGGUCUCGGGCUGAAAUAUGUCUGGGGAGAUGCCCUCACAGAUCCCACCGAUUGCAUAGGACCCAACGAUAUGCAGUAUCCUUCAGCAGCAAUUUCCCGUAACUUCAAAGGUCUCUGGGCCGGAAGCAGCCGUUCUGGUCGUGCGUAUCGGCCGCAAACCAUUGAUCCUGAAUUGACCCGAAAGGCACUACUUCACAAUUACAAAGCGGUCCACGGAGAUUAUUCGAUUGCGGAUGCAAAUUCUCGCAACGGUCGAGCCUUUUCAUCACGAGAAACCUGCGGGUCACCGGCUAGAUUGUGCAAAACGAGGUACAACACCACAGCUCCGAUGUACGGAGUGAGCUUGACCAGCGGUCAACCAGUCACGAUUGUUCAAAAAUUCCCUGACCUUCUGCAACAGGUCGUCUUCGAAGUUUGCGAAUCUAAGGAAUGCGACCUGGUCCACGGAGAGUGCACACAGACCUACGUCCCUUACCUGUUCCUGGUGAUACCUUUGGGUCCGGUGACCCUGACCGGUCAAGAUUACGUUUUGGUUGAGAGCGGAUGUAUCUGCAAGCCGAGGAACUCGGUGGCGAGUGGCGCUUCCGAGACACCAUCAGCUUCCAACUUUUAGACAAUCCUUACCCAGUAAUAUUUAAAGUGUACGCUAUUCUGUUACGAUCCGCAGACUGCGUCGACAGACCGUGUAUAAAGAUUUUUUUACCUCUGUCUAGCGACGCGGUAGACGAACACCGCUAUCCUAGUGAAAAAUGGGAAAAUUUUGUUUCUCCGUAGAACAAAAAUUUAUUGACUUUUUUCUAUCGAUGCACAGCUCUAGUAUACACGUGUGUACGGUUAUAGCGUUGCUAAAAUCAACAAAAAUAUUGCUAAAAGUGAAUCUAGCCCGGAACAAUACUUCGUAGAAUCUGGUCUCGGAAUUCGAUCUGGUUAACCUGACCUGUUCACGAACGUCUCCCAAAGCCGGUUUUCCUCACAGGAAUAUUAUACACGCUGCGUUUCAUACACAUGUAUAUAGGUAUAUACACACAGGCAUAGGUAUGUAUAAAUGAGGUAAAUAUCGUGGUAGUAAAAUUAGAGAUCAUAUAGGCAGACGAUCCGGAGGUAGGUUAUACAGGUAUACACAUGCCUAUACGCUCUUCUCAUUACUAAACCACGUUGCAGUCCCCGUUGCAGAUACGUCGCCGUUGAUCUCCUUUCGGAACUAUAAAGUAGAAACUGGUAAAGUAAGACACUUUUAUGGUACAACGCUGUGUCAAGGAUGCGAAGUACGUUUGGGGUACUGCGAAAAUGAUUCUUGUACACUGUACUUCUUAUCCCAUUCAUUUGAAAUUGACUGACAUUUCAAACAAAGAAAGUAUAAUGUAAGGAAGUAAAUUACAUGCUCUACAUCGAUUAACUUGCUCAAGUAAUAAUUUCUAUAGAUGGAAAGUAAGCAAAAACUAAAUUUCAAUAUAAAAAGAUGAUCGUGGUGUGGAAUCGAUUAAAUUUACGUACCAAGAGUUUAAGUUUUCCUUCAAUUUUCAAAUCUUUACGUUUGAGGCAUGUCUCACCACCAUUUUUUUUACCCAUAUUCGAUGAUGAGAACUGUUCAUCUUUUGAUCAUUUUUUUCCAAUGUCAUUGUUCUCGCUGAUCGUAUUUCCGAAUACCGUUAAUUCUGCAGAGGAGAAAAAAGGCAGGCUGAGGAAAUUCAUGGGGAUGCAGUGAAUUUUAAAAACUAGUUCAGUCCCUUUCUUUUGAUGAUUCGAUCCAAUUUAUUUUCUCAUGUCACGUUAGAUACACAGAUACAAAAGACCUCUCACUCUACUACACACAGUACUUCAGUGGGUGACUACGAUAGUAUAUGAUUAAGGUUAAACGCCCAAUGACGAGGUUCGACGUGACCCAGAAAUGAGCGUUCAAGGUCUCCGAAGCAAGUUCUCAGCACAAUAUCAUCGAAUUCUGAAUACUGAUUAUCCACUAUUAUUAUACGAUUACUGUGUAACGGUGAAUGCGGCGGGCCGCGUGGCUGCUGGUCACGAGAAUAGCCGCGUGGCCGUUUGCGGGGUCGCUGUAUGAACAUUGAACAUGCGUUUGCUGACCGAAGCUGCAGCACCCUGAUAGGAGCAUAUCUGGCCUUAUUGAAAACCGGACUCGUCGGUGGCUCAUCGCGUUGGGAUCGGACGUGGGACGUAGCCACGGACAAACGUACAUGGACAGACGAACGGUGACCGAAUGGACCGUACCGUGAAUUCCGAUGAGUGGAACGUACCGUUACUUCUUUGCGGGAUUCACGUCGCCUCCUUCGCUUCGCCGCUCACUUUGCCACGUACUGUUUACGGGCGAAGAAGAGUUAAAGAAACUCGCGUAUGGUAUUAAAUGCGUAUAUAGGACACAUUGGACAUUUAUGAGAGGUGCCGACUGCAUAAUUUCAUACCGGUGUAACAAUGAUUUAACGUUAAUCUAACGAGAAAAGAAAUAUGGUGCGUUUACUGGCCAAUGCCGCAUUGCCAUAUGAUAAUAUAGGUAUGUUAUUUAAUUAUGAUAACGGAUCGCGAGUUUCAUCCUGUUGCAGGAUUUAAUGUCACGGUGUGUUGAUCAAUUGCGUCGACACUCUUCAUACUUCGGAAUUUUUACUUUUUAGUAAACGUAAGGUUUUUCUUCCCUCUCUUAUCCAUUAGAAUGAGUUCGCACCUAAACGAUUGCGAGUGUGCGGAAUGCGUGAUUAUUAUACAUAGUUUGAAUAUUAAAAUAAUAAUAAUAAAAUAAGUUUAGCACUAUCGUAUGCCGAAUUACAAAUUUGCUUUCGAGACUAUUCACGGUGUUCAAAUGCGGUUGUCUCGAAAGUGAAACGUGCCUGAAUCGUUUUGUUUUCUUAGAAAACGAUAUCAAUCGAAUGAUUAUGGGCUGUCAUACACUUGAUUACAUACCGCAUAAUUUUCAACUGAUUCAUAUAAAACUCAUUUAUUGUAAUUAAAGUUUAUUAUUUCUAGAUUUUAUAGUGUAGAAUCAUUCAUAAUUUAUUAAACAGCAUGAUGCAUUGUAAAUGUAA